CUGGGCAGGAAGGAGCACCAGGAGGAGCUGGCUCUGUCCACGGGCUGCAGGGCAGCUCUGCUCUGCUGGUUCCCUCCCCCAGCUCUCCUGCUUUGCUCUCAUAGUUGAGAUGUUUGCAUCUACAAAUAGAUCCCGACGCUGUGUGAAUGAAUGCCGGGCUGCUUAAUAUUCCAGUUGGUUUUGGAUGCCCUUGCUGAAUGGUGCACGAUCUCCAAGAGGUACACGCCACAGGGUUCAACUAUCAGAAUGAGGAUGAGAAGGUUACCCUCUCCUUUCCCAGUACCCUUCAGAAAGGGACGGGAACGUUGAAGAUAGACUUUGUAGGGGAGCUGAAUGAUAAAAUGAAAGGUUUUUACCGAAGUAAAUACACAACCCCUACUGGAGACACACGCUAUGCUGCUGUCACUCAGUUUGAGGCUACUGAUGCUCGCAGAGCUUUCCCUUGCUGGGAUGAGCCUGCUAUUAAGGCGACUUUUGAUAUUUCAUUGGUGGUUCCUAAAGACAGAGUAGCUUUGUCAAAUAUGAAUGUCAUUGACCGGAAGCCGUACCCAGAUGAUGAGAACCUGGUGGAAGUCAAGUUUGCUCGCACCCCCAUCAUGUCGACGUAUCUGGUGGCAUUUGUGGUGGGAGAAUAUGACUUUGUAGAGACCAGGUCCCUUGAUGGGGUCUUGGUGCGUGUUUACACUCCUGUGGGCAAAGCUGAGCAAGGAAAGUUUGCAUUAGAGGUUGCUGCUAAAACUCUGCCUUUUUAUAAGGACUACUUCAAUGUUCCUUACCCUCUUCCUAAAAUUGAUCUCAUAGCUAUUGCAGAUUUUGCUGCUGGUGCCAUGGAGAACUGGGGCCUUGUUACUUAUAGGGAGACUGCGUUGCUCAUUGACCCCAAAAAUUCCUGUUCUUCAUCUCGCCAGUGGGUGGCUCUGGUUGUGGGACACGAACUUGCUCAUCAGUGGUUUGGAAACCUCGUGACCAUGGAGUGGUGGACCCAUCUUUGGCUGAACGAAGGGUUUGCCUCCUGGAUUGAAUACCUGUGUGUCGACCACUGCUUUCCAGAGUAUGACAUCUGGACUCAGUUUGUUUCUGCUGAUUACACACGAGCUCAGGAGCUCGAUGCCUUAGACAACAGUCACCCAAUUGAAGUUAGUGUUGGCCAUCCAUCCGAAGUAGAUGAAAUAUUUGAUGCUAUUUCUUACAGCAAGGGAGCAUCUGUGAUCCGAAUGCUGCACGACUACAUUGGUGAUGAGGACUUUCGGAAAGGAAUGAAUUUAUAUUUAACAAAGUUCCUGCAGAAGAAUGCAGCCACAGAGGACCUCUGGGAAAGCCUGGAAAAAGCUAGUGGUAAACCUAUUGCUGCUGUGAUGAACACAUGGACCAAACAAAUGGGAUUUCCACUCAUUUACGUGGAAGCUGAACAGCAAGAAGAUGACAAAGUGUUGAAGUUAGUCCAGAAGAAGUUCUGUGCCAGUGGACCAUAUGCUGGGGAGGAUUUCCCCAUGUGGAUGGUCCCCAUCAGUAUUUGUACGAGUGACGACCCCACCAGUGCCAAAAUGCAAGUGCUGAUGGACAAGCCAGAGCUGACCUUGGUUUUAAAAGAUGUGAAACCAGACCAGUGGGUGAAGCUGAACCUUGGCACAGUAGGCUUCUACCGCACGCAGUACAGCCCUGAGAUGCUGGAGAGUUUAAUACCAGCCAUCAAAGACCUCUCCCUACCCCCCGUGGACAGGCUUGGCCUGCAGAAUGAUCUUUUCUCUCUGGCCCGAGCUGGAAUCAUUAGCACUGUAGAGGUUCUGAAAGUGAUGGAAGCGUUUGUGAAUGAGCCCAAUUACACGGUGUGGAGCGACCUCAGCUGUAACCUGGAGAUUCUCUCAACUCUCUUGUCCCACACAGACUUCUAUGAGGAAAUCCAGGUGUUUGUGAAAGAUGUCUUUUCACCAAUAGGGGAGAGACUGGGAUGGGACCCCAAACCUGGAGAGGGUCAUCUAGAUGCCCUUCUGAGAGGUCUGGUGCUGGGCAAACUUGGCAAAGCCGGGCACAAGGCUACCUUGGAAGAAGCCCGACGCCGGUUUAAAGACCACGUGGAAGGAAAAAACAUCCUGUCAGCUGACCUGAGGAGUCCUGUCUACGUCACUAUUUUGAAGCAUGGAGACAGCACUACUUUAGACACCAUGCUCAAGCUUCACAAGCAAGCAGACAUGCAGGAGGAGAAGAACCGAAUCGAGCGCGUCCUCGGGGCCAUCUCCCAGCCUGAGCUGAUUCAAAAAGUUCUCACCUUUGCACUUUCAGUAAGUUAUUGGAAAAGCUGCUGGUGGAGGCUGGGAGCUGCCAGAGCAACCUGGAAAUGGAGCACAGGGGGUGGAUUUGGGAAGGGUGCAGGGCAGGGGGGGACCGGCGGCCUCCCACCCCUCACUGCUGUGCAUGCAGCCCUCAGAACAGCAGCGCUGUGUGAGAGCCCUGUGUGAGGCACUGGGCUUUGU